ACAGGAAGUAAAUGCCAAGCAAUUCGCGUAACAAACUGCACCAGACACACGGUUUUAAAGGCGAUUUAAAUUGUGUCAUUUGAUUCGUAAAUUGUGCAAUUGAAUAUUUGAAGAUUAACAACCUUUUAAUCUAGAAGAUUGUGCAUUUGGUGUUUGAACCAACUGGAUGUUGAGGCUGCGGGCUCUGUUUAGGAUUGGGUUCCUUGUGACAUUACGGGCAACCACAGUCCUCUCCCACAGGAGGGCAUGUCCAUUGGUCAGUCUGACAAAUAGUCUAUAUAAGGAGUGCUUCAGUGGACAAGCAUCCACCAUGGCCCAGUCCAUAAAAUACCUUGGGCAGGAGGAGGCUCAGCAAAUUGACGAGGAGUUGUUCUCAGAGUAUGGCUUCAGUGUGGACCAGCUGAUGGAGCUGGCUGGGCUCAGCUGUGCUACAGCAAUCACCAGGGUGAGACUCGGCAUUUCCCCUAGGAGUGUCUCUUGCAAUGACUGGUACUGCCCAAGGUGCUGUGAGAUGGCCUACCCCACCAGCUCUCUGGUCAUAGCCAGACCCUCUUUGCUUGUGAUUUGUGGCCCAGGUAACAAUGGAGGAGAUGGCCUGGUCUGUGCCAGACAUCUCAAACUCUUUGGUUAUGCACCCACCAUACUGUACCCAAAGAGGCCAAACAAACUGUUGUUCCAGGGUCUGACCACUCAGUGUGAGAAGAUGGACAUCCCUUUCCUAACUGAAAUGCCUGAGGCAAUGGUGGUCGACAAGGCUUACAACCUGGUGAUCGACGCCAUCUUUGGCUUCAGCUUCAAAGGUGCAGUGCGGGAGCCUUUUGGCUCCAUCCUGGACGUGCUGAAGAAGACCACUGUACCCAUAGUUAGUAUUGACAUCCCCUCAGGUUGGGAUGUGGAGCAGGGCAGCACAGAUGGACUCCAGCCAGACAUGCUAAUCUCCCUGACUGCCCCUAAGAAGUCAGCAAAACACUUCUGUGGACGCUACCACUAUCUGGGGGGACGUUUUGUGCCUCCUGCCAUGGAGAAGAAGUACCAGCUCAACCUUCCUCCGUACCCCAAUACUGACUGUGUGUACCAGCUGCAGUAGUGCCAACCAGUAAUAUAUAUAUAUAUAUAUGUGUGUGUGUGUAUAUAUGUAUGUGUAUAUACACAUGUAAAGAAAGAAAGAAGAUUGGUGGGUAAAUGCUGUUCGCAGUGAGUAAAGUAAUGCUCCCAUGUAUGUGCAUUUACCCUCCGCUACACCACUGGUGUCAGCUGUAUAGGCGAAAGGCUGUGUAAGUACACUUGGGGUUUGAGAGGUUAUCAACGUCAGUGGAUCCAUUAGGAAUUGGAUGAGAUUUUUUAUGUACUUUUUGCACAAAAGGUUAUCUAAAUUAAUGGGUCUUUUGCAGUUGCAGUUUGAUUGAAAUGUUUUGGCAUUCUUCUAAGAGUUUGGAUGGACAGCUAUAAUUGCAGUCUGUUAUUUAAAUAUAAAAAAUGUUAAGUUUGAUAUUAUAAAUGGUCAAUCUUAAAUUAUUAUUUUUUUGUCAUUAUUAUCACUUAACAUUGUAAAUUGUAGGUAUAUGUCUUAAUAAAAUGUACAUCUAGCAAGACCAA